AUGCUUCUGAGUAGCAUUUACUCUUUCCUUUUUGCCUUAAUUCAUUUCCCUUUUAAAGUUUCUUGCUUAGAAUCUGAGUUCAGCUUGAAAGGAGAUUACUUGUUGGGUGGCCUUUUCCCUUUACAUGAAGUUCAAUAUGCAACACCUCUGUUAUCUCCAGAAGCUAUUGAAUGUUCCAGAUACACUUUCUCAGAAUCUGGCUAUCAGAUGUUCCAAGUGAUGAGGUUUGCUGUUGAAGAAAUUAAUAACUCCACCACUCUUUUGCCCAAUGUUUCUCUGGGCUAUGAAAUUUUUGACCAUUGUUCUGACACUAAUAAUUUCCCUUCAGUCUUAAGUUUUAUCUCAAAAAAUGGAUCAAUAAAACCCAAAGAAAAACUCAAUAACUAUCAGCCUAAAGUGAUUGCUUUAACAGGGCCAUAUGGAAGCACAGGAACUAUUACAAUUGCACCACUGAUCACUAUGGACCUUAUACCAUUGGUGAAUUAUGGAGCUUCCAGCUAUGCAUUAAGUAAUAAACUGCAGUAUCCCUCUUUUCUAAGAACAGUGCCCAGCAACAAAGACCUUAUUGAAAUGAUUAUUCACAUCAUACAAUGGUUUGGUUGGAACUGGGUUGCCUUUCUUGGUGGCCAAGACGAUUACAGUGAAGACGGCCUAAGUCUUUUUAACAAGUACAUACGCAAUACUGGAAUUUGUUUGGCCUAUCAAGAGACUCUAAGUCAAAGGGCAAACUACAGUCUAACACUUAAAAAGAUUGAUAUGCUUAACAUCAAUGUCAUUGUUGUUUUCGCUGUGACACAAUAUGCAAGCAACAUUAUCAAAGCAGCCAUAGCAAACAACAUCCAAGGCAAAGUAUGGAUUGCAAGUGAAGCAUGGGCUAUGAAUCAACAGCUUCCAAGAGAGCCAGGAAUUGGGAAAAUUGGAACAGUUAUUGGCAUUACAGAAAGAUUGUUGUCUUUGCCCGGAUUUAAUGAAUUCAUCUAUAAAGAUAGGGGAACAACUGAUGCUGUGCUGUGUGAAGCUGAUAGUGAAGUCAAGAAUAAUAGUAAGACAUGUAAUCAAGAUUGUGUUUGCGGCACAAUGUUGACCGCAGAGGAGAUUAUAAAUGAAAAUCCCACAUUCUCAUAUGCCAUCUAUGCUGCCAUAUAUUCCAUAGCUCAUGCAUUACAUAAUGUUCUGCAGUGUGACAUGAAUGAAUGCAGCAAAAACACAGCAGUUAAGCCAUACAUGCUCCUAGAACAAAUCAAGAAGUUGGACUUCCCACUUAACGGCCGUCAGGUGAAAUAUGAUGAAAAUGGUGAUCCAACCGUCAGUUUUGCAGUCAUACGCUGGAAUACUGAAACAAAUCCUCCUCUAUUUGAUAUGGUUGGCAUAUAUGAUAAAAAUCCAGAAAUUACUUUUACUAUCAACAACUCUCUCUUGUCCUGGCAUAACAAUGGUUCGGUUCCUUUCUCAAACUGUUCUGUUGAGUGCAAAGAAGGAUUUUCGAGGGAACCUGAUGGAUAUCAUAGUUGCUGUUUUCUGUGUAAAAAAUGUCCACGUAACAGCUAUGUGAAUUAUUCCCGGGAUCCCUAUACAUGUUUUCCAUGUCCAGAGAGUGAAUGGUCUGAUGAGGGCAGCGCAACAUGUAAGACACGUUCUGUUGUCUAUCUUCAAUUCACAGAAAUCUCCUCCAUCGCUGUCAUGGUUUCUGCUACUUGUCUAAUUAAUCUCCUUUUUGCCAUAUUUUGUCUUUUCACCUAUAAUUACAACACACCAGUGGUGAGGUCUGCUGGUGGUAGCAUGUGUAUCCUGAUGUUAACAUGUUUGAUAAUGUCUAGCAUAAGUGUGUUCUUUUUCUUUGGAAACCCCACAUCUGUAGACUGCCUCCUGAGAAAUGUCAUAUUUGCGUUUUUCUUCACUGUUUUUCUCUCCUGUAUGGCUGUCCGUUCCUUUCAAAUUGUUUGUAUUUUCAAAAUGGCUGCCAAGUUCCCCAACGUGCACAGCUUUUGGGUAAAGUACAAUGGACAGUGGCUCUUUGUUGGAUUUUUUUUUGUCAUUCAAUUAAUUUCUUGUGUACUGUGGAUGACUGUCUCAGCUCCCAAAACUUUCAGAGACUCAUUCACUUUUAAAGACCAGAUUAUACUCAGCUGUGAAAUAGGGAACACUAUAACUAUUAGCAUUGUUAUGUUUGUAGGUUGGUUUCUUGGUUCCCUGUGUCUCUUAUUUUCUUACAUGGGAAGAGAUCUGCCAAAAGAUUACAAUGAAGCUAAAUCAAUAACAUUCAGUCUCAUUUUGUACAUUGUGAGCUGGAUUGUGUACUUCACAGCAUACCUCAUUCUCAAAAGUCAAUACAUUCAACUUGUUAAUGCAAUGGCCCAGAUAUCUAGUAUAUACGGAAUUGUCUUCAGCUAUUUCAUACCAAAAUCAUACAUUAUAAUAUUCCAACCACAAAAGAACACUCCUGCAUACUUUCAAGCAUCUAUUCAGAAUUACACGCAGACCAUUAGUAGGUCUUAGACCACAACAAAGCACAGUAAA